GUAUUCAGAUUCUGAUAUUGCCGUUGUAAAGAAACUACCUUUUAAAGAUGAUCUUAAAGUUACUAAGCAAUGUUUAACUUCUUGUUCACCUGGUAACACUGGCGCAAAAGAAAUAAUAUGGAUGGAAGUCGAAUCUGAAGAGCUUGAAUUAACUUUAAAAGAUUUCAAAAAAGCUAUACAAAUUGCUAAGCUUAAAGUUAACACAGAUUAUAUUAAACAACAUCAAAAUUACUAA